AUGAAUAUUUAUUCAUCAACAGAAUCAAAUUGGAAUACAACUAAAAAACAUACGAUUUUAUCAAAUGGAGAAUAUUCAUCUCCAACAAAACGUUCACGUCCAUCACUUUCACAACGAUUAGGUGUUCCUGAUGAUUCGGAUCAAUCAGACGUUGAACCUUAUAGUCCAUCAGAUGAUAAUGAACUUGAAACACAACAAAGAAUUAUUCGACAACCAAAAGCAUCACUUAGAGAAUCAACAUUAGUAUCAAGUGGACAACAUUCAAAAGCUAUUUUAGAAUUACUCAAAGAUGAUGAUGAAGAUGAAGAAGAAGAAGAUGAAGAAGAAGAUGAAGCAUAUAGUCCAUCACAAUUAGAUCCAGCUACAAUGGAUGAAGUUAGUGAUCAAUUAAAAGAUGUAAAUAAAUCAUCUAGUACUAUUCCUAUUGUUCAACCAGCUACGUAUGUACCACCAUCUUCAUCAACUAUUCAUCAACAAGAUAUGGAUUAUAGAGAAAAAAAGAAAUCAAAUGAUACAUCAGUAAAACCUGAAUUAAAUCAAAAUAAUUGUCGUAUUAUUCCAAUUCAUGGUGAAUGUACAGGUGUUGAUCCUCGUCUUAAAAUUCAUUCAGCUCGUCUUCGUGCUAAAGUUCGUCAAUUAGUUUUAGAACGUCUUUCAACAAAUGAUUUAACUGAUCGUACUGAAGUACUUGAAGAACUUGAUCAUCUUGUUGAAUCACAUGGAAGAAGACUUUAUUGGUAUCGAGUUAUUUGUUUUUUACAAAAUAUUUCACUUACAAAUAAUACACCAAAACAAAUGCAUUAUUAUUUAAAAGAAGUUUCAAAAUUACUUGUUCUUACACCAACACUUUCAAAAAUCUUAAAAAUAAAACAAAAAUAUCCUAAAGAAAUUCCAAUUGAUCCUUUACAAGAACAAAUUAUUAAUGAUCCAAGAUCAGAAACAUUUACAAUAAAUAAUGUUCAUCUUAAACUUCUUCGAUACAAAUGA